AGAUGGUUGCUCAUGUGACCUUUUCCAUUUCGCCAUUUUCCUCUACUACACCGGCGCUCUUGCUGGCAGCUACGUUGUCGCCCCUUCCUAGUGUUUUAAAUUGUCCAAAGCUGACUGUAGGAAAAGGGGAAAACUUGACAGAAAAAAGAUAGUCUGCCUUGUAGCUGUAUAGCCCCGAGAAAAGUGCUAGAAUGUCUUCUGACGAGAGCCCUGAGUACUCGCCUUUCUUCGCUGUGAUGGGAGCUUCUGCGGCCAUGGUCUUCAGCGCAUUAGGUGCAGCAUAUGGGACAGCGAAGAGCGGCACAGGCAUCGCUGCCAUGUCUGUGAUGCGGCCAGAGCUCAUCAUGAAGUCCAUCAUCCCCGUGGUCAUGGCUGGUAUCAUAGCCAUCUACGGGCUGGUAGUGGCUGUGCUGAUAGCAAACAACAUAUCUGAGAGGGUCACCCUUUACAAGAGUUUCCUGCAUCUCGGUGCUGGUCUGAGUGUGGGCCUGAGUGGUCUGGCGGCCGGGUUUGCCAUUGGCAUUGUGGGCGACGCCGGUGUGAGAGGCACCGCCCAGCAGCCCCGGCUUUUCGUGGGCAUGAUCCUGAUCCUGAUUUUUGCUGAGGUGCUGGGGCUUUACGGCCUCAUUGUAGCCCUCAUCCUAUCUACAAAAUAAUAGGUGUCCGCAUCAAACACCAUCUCAUUCAUUCCACAUCAAAGCAGCAAGAACAAAUAGGAGAUUUUCACCUACUUUCCAUUACACCCCAUGGGUCUGACAGGAUGGGAUGGCAACAGAAACAAGUUGGCUUGACAGCAGUGUCCUCAGUAGGUGUGAUCUAUCCAUAUUGUUUAAAGCCAUCCAGUUGUGUCAGGUCUUGUGAGUACUGAACGGGCAUGAACAUGUAUUGGUUGUUGUGGGAUGAUGUGUGGACAGUCUGCUUGAUAUUUUUUUUUUUUUUUUACUUUUUUCCCCUCCCUGAUCUUAACCUGUACAGUGAUCCAUACUCCCUCCACCCCCUGUUAAUGUAGUAGCCAGUCUGUGCUGUGAGUGUGAGUAUCAACGUUUACCCCGCUGCCCAUUCACCUCUUUUGUUUUUUGUUGUCUGUUGUUAGGUUUGUCACUUUGAGAUUGCUGAAGAUUCAUGCACAUUAGUAUUUUAUUUGAUCAUGUUUUUUUGGGGACCUUUUUUUUUAUCACAAUGGUGAGGAGCUGUCAAUACAUAUUUUUUGUCACUCUUUAUGGAAAGUUAUGAAGAUUUUGACUUAAUGAAACUGUCUAAAUGGAACACUGUUUAUUGAAUACCCUAUACAUAUAUAUAUAUAUAAAAUAUAUAAAUUAUCUGUGUAUAGUUAGAUUAAUUGCACUGUGGGUAAUUGUUCUAAGUGCUUGGAAUUCCUCUGGAUGUAGUGUGAUUAUUAAUGGAGGAUGUCCACAUGUUGACAGUGUGUGUGCGCGUGUGAAUGACCUGAGUGAAUAAUGUGUGUGUAAGUCUUUAUGUUUAAUAUGACAUUCUCAAACACUAGCAUUGUUUACCUGUAGUGCUGCGGUCUUGAUUUUUCUGUUUGUUUUGUUUAAGAUGAGAGCUCACUGUUUAGCCAUGCCUGUCAGAUUUCCAAAUAAAACUCAACCUCCUCCAGAACAU